AUGCACAUGAGAGGUUCAUGGAGCGACGAAGAAGAUAAUAAGCUGAGAGCUUAUAUACAAAAAUAUGGCCAUUGGAACUGGCGUCAACUCCCCAAGUUUGCAGGUCUUUCUCGAUGUGGGAAGAGUUGUAGAUUGCGAUGGAUGAAUUACCUACGACCAGGUGUGAAGCGCGGGAACUACAGCAAAGAAGAAGAGCAUAUGAUUAUGAAAUUACACGAGGAGCUUGGAAACAAAUGGUCAGCCAUUGCUGCACAUUUACCAGGAAGAACAGACAACGAAAUAAAAAAUUUCUGGCACACCCAUAUUAAGAAACGUGGGAAAUUAAAUCCAACAGCAGAGGUGACUGCUCAAUCAGAUUUAUCCUUCAAACUUCUACCAAAUCAGAAAGAGCAAUUUGAAGAAACUUCCAACAGUAAAGCCAACGAACAAAACAUAGAACAGGCACAUGAAAGUGAUGUUUCUUCUGAUACUACAUCUCUCCAUAUUUCCUCAGGCUCUAUGUCUACAAAUUUAAGAAGCACCAACUGGGAUGCAGAAGAUGGCAUGGCCAUCAGUUCACUGGAAUCGUUCGCUGGACCGCUUGGAAAUUUCUGGAGUGAACCAUGGUCAGCCAUUGCUGCACAUUUACCAGGAAGAACAGACAACGAAAUAAAAAAUUUCUGGCACACCCAUAUUAAGAAACGUGGGAAAUUAAAUCCAACAGCAGAGGUGACUGCUCAAUCAGAUUUAUCCUUCAAACUUCUACCAAAUCAGAAAGAGCAAUUUGAAGAAACUUCCAACAGUAAAGCCAACGAACAAAACAUAGAACAGGCACAUGAAAGUGAUGUUUCUUCUGAUACUACAUCUCUCCAUAUUUCCUCAGGCUCUAUGUCUACAAAUUUAAGAAGCACCAACUGGGAUGCAGAAGAUGGCAUGGCCAUCAGUUCACUGGAAUCGUUCGCUGGACCGCUUGGAAAUUUCUGGAGUGAACCGUUUUUGGAAAACACAUUCUACUACCAAAAUUAUUACUCAUCACCUUCAACAGAGGGAGGGCUUAUGUCUCCAAAUUUGUUAUACGAUGAUGAUGCUAUUAAUUUGUUCCACCAUUAA